AUGACCGAGGAUGUCUACGUUCGAUACCCAAAAGGAUGGAAUGGUCCUCAAUCCCCUGUCAAUCUGGCAAGAGUAGAAGUCAAGGUGGCCGCGCAUCAGGCCGGCGGCGGUUCUCCAUGUUGCGGCAGUGCAGACGCUACCAAGUUGGGAAUAUGGGAAUUCCCGGAACUGAGUGUUACGGAGAACAAAGAAGGUUUGGCUGAACUGAGAGUCGAACUCAGGCCCAUUCCAUUAAUCAGAGUUGCUCUGA